AAACGGAGAAACAAGUGUCUUUCAUUAACCUGAACAGCUGCAGUUCUCGUAGACAUUUUGUAGCUUCUUCCAAUUGGUAAUUUGAUAUUCGAAAUGCCUAGCAUACAGUCAAUUGCCCGCAGCUGCCGCAAGGUUAUGUGCAUUGGGCGCAACUAUGCUGAUCAUAUCACCGAGCUGAACAGUGCCCGUCCAAAACAGCCCUUCUUCUUCCUCAAGCCACCGAGCUCAAUCCUCCUACCUGGUGCAGGCCCUAUCCUUCGUCCCAAGGGGGUCAAUGUCCACUAUGAGGUUGAGCUUGCAUUGGUCAUUGGAAAGACUGUAAGAGAUCUUCAUCCUGAAGAUACCAAAGGCGCGUUGGCCGCCAUUCGAGGCUACCUUCUUGCGAUUGACAUGACUGCACGAAAUGUACAAGACGAAGCGAAGAAGAAGGGCCUUCCUUGGUCCAUCGCUAAGGGCUUCGACACGUUUCUUCCCGUCAGCAAUUUCAUUGAGCGGUCCCGCAUUCCGGACCCACAAAACGCUCAUCUCUGGCUGAGCGUCAAUGGGGAGACAAAGCAAUCCGACAACACAGAGCUUAUGCUUUUCAGACUUCCAAGGCAACUGAGCGAUAUCAGCCGUGUCAUGACUCUCGAAGAAGGCGACAUUGUUCUCACUGGAACUCCGAAGGGUGUUGGUCCAGUGAAAUCUGGGGAUGUAUUGAAAGCUGGGUUGAAAGUCGACGGUAAAGAUAUCGAGGAGGCCAACAUAGAAGUUUCAGUUGCAGACCGUGAAGGGCCCUAUGAGUUCAAAGAGACAUAAUUCAUAGAGCGAAUACAAUUGCAAUACGCCG